GAUGGUGAUGGUGAUGGUGACGGUGAUGGCGAUGGAAGGAGAACCAACGAACCACAUUUUCGCUCGUGUUCGAAUUCAAUCUUCUUCCUUUCCUCUCCAAUAAAGCGCAGCAUACGGCACGCAGAUGCGCGUGGUUGUGAGGAAGAUUAGUUGUUUGCGGCGGAAUUGAUGGAGGCUUCUUCAGCGCUGAGGAUUUCGCAUUCAAGCUGCUCCAUUUCGAGUGUUGCUCUAUUCGCUAAGAGCAAAGGUAGAAGCAGGCACUUGAAAUGGCGGUCUGCGUCUCGGAAAUCGAUGUCUUCUGUUCGUCCUCGCAGGUGCUUUGUGGUCACGAAUGUGGCUAGCGAGAAGCAGACGAGAAAUCUCGAGGAUUCUGCGGUCCUCGGAGAGGACGAAGAUGAAGGUGUAGGUUUAGAUGCUCUGAGACCAGAUUCUUCAUCUAUUGUAUCGAGUAUAAAGUAUCAUGCCGAGUUCAGUCCAUCGUUCUCGCCGGAACGAUUUGAGCUUCCGAAAGCGUACUACGCCACCGCUGAGAGUGUUCGUGAUAUGCUGAUUGUGAAUUGGAAUGCUACGUAUAAUUAUUAUGAACAAUUGAAUGUCAAGCAGGCAUACUAUCUCUCCAUGGAAUUUCUUCAGGGUAGAGCAUUGUUAAACGCAAUUGGUAAUUUGGAGCUAACAGGAGCUUAUGCAGAGGCACUGACAAAGUUAGGGCACAAUUUGGAGGAUGUAGCCAAACAGGAACCUGACGCUGCACUAGGUAAUGGUGGAUUAGGGAGGCUUGCUUCUUGCUUUCUAGAUUCUAUGGCCACACUUAAUUACCCGGCAUGGGGUUAUGGACUAAGAUACAGAUAUGGUCUAUUCAAGCAGCUUAUCACCAAAAAUGGUCAAGAGGAAGUUGCUGAAAAUUGGCUUGAGAUGGGCAAUCCAUGGGAAAUAGUGAGGAAUGACAUCUUCUAUCCUAUCAAAUUUUAUGGAGAAGUCAUUCAAGGUGCAAAUGGAAGGAAAGAAUGGGCUGGAGGUGAAUCAAUUAUAGCUGUUGGCUAUGAUGUCCCAAUACCAGGAUAUAAAACUCAAACCACCAUCAACCUCAGGCUGUGGUCGACGAAAAUUUCUUCAGAAGGUUUUAACUUGCAAGCUUUUAACGCGGGAGAGCAUACAAAAGCAUAUGAGGCAAUGACAAGAGCUGAAAAGAUUUGCUACAUUUUGUACCCGGGGGACGAAUCGUAUGAUGGGAAGACGCUUAGACUUAAGCAGCAAUAUACACUAUGCUCAGCUUCUCUCCAGGACAUUAUUGCAAGAUUUGAGAAAAGAUCAGAGGGAGCAGUAAAUUGGGAUAGUUUCCCUGAUAAGGUUGCUGUUCAAAUGAAUGAUACUCAUCCAACCCUUUGUAUUCCCGAGCUGCUACGGAUCUUAGUAGAUGUGAAAGGUCUCAGCUGGAAAGAAGCAUGGAAUAUAACCAAAAGAACUGUAGCAUACACAAAUCACACAGUUCUACCUGAGGCUCUGGAAAAAUGGAGUUUGAAUCUUCUCCAAGAACUUCUACCCCGGCAUGUUGAAAUUAUUAGAUUGAUCGACGAAGAGCUUAUUAAUGAUAUUGUGGAUGAGUAUGGUACCGAAAACCUGGAGAUGCUGAAGGAAAAGCUUAAGCAGAUGAGGAUUUUGGAUAACAUUGAACUACCUUCUUCAGUAUUAGAAUCACUCAUUGAAUCACAAGAAAGACUCAUUAAGAAUUCUGUUGAAGAAGAAGAAGAACAGGAGGAGGAGGAGGAAGGGAAAGAAGGUUCUGAAUCUUCUAAAGUGGCAAAACCUACCGCUAAAGAAGAAAUCAAGAAUCCUAAAGAAGAUGUAAAAUCUAAAGGAAAGAAGGCCGAUAAUUCGAAAAAGAAAGAAGUGAAGGAUCCUAAGAAGAUAGUAAGCUCCGCAUUUGAAACCGACCCAAAACAAGCUCAGUUGGUUCGCAUGGCUAAUUUAUGUGUUGCUGGAGGACAUGCUGUAAAUGGAGUAGCAGAAAUUCACACUGAUAUUGUUAAAAGAGAAGUUUUUAAUGAAUUUUACAAGUUAUGGCCCGAGAAAUUUCAGAAUAAAACUAAUGGGGUGACACCUAGAAGAUGGAUCAAAUUUUGCAAUCCAGAGCUCAGCCGAAUCAUAACAAAGUGGAUAGGAUCAGAAGACUGGCUAACAAACACAGAGAAGUUAGUCGAAUUGCGAAAGUUUGCUGAUAAUGAUGAACUCCAGUCCGAAUGGAGAGAGGCAAAGAUGAGCAAUAAGAAGAAGAUUGUGUCCUUCAUCAAGGAUAAAACAGGAUACAAUGUCAGCCCUGAAGCAAUGUUUGAUGUGCAGAUAAAGCGCAUACACGAAUACAAGAGACAGCUAUUGAAUAUCUUGGGCAUUGUUUAUCGCUACAAGAAGAUGAAAGAAAUGAGCCCGGAGGAGAGACAAAAAAAAUAUGUCCCAAGAGUUUGCAUAUUUGGAGGAAAAGCAUUUGCUACAUACAUCCAAGCUAAAAGAAUCGUGAAAUUCAUCACUGAUGUUGGAGCUACCAUAAACCACGAUCCUGAUAUCGGCGAUCUUCUCAAGGUUGUGUUCGUCCCCGAUUACAAUGUCAGCAUCGCUGAAGUCCUUAUUCCCGGGAGCGAGCUCUCCCAACACAUCAGCACUGCCGGAAUGGAAGCUAGCGGAACGAGCAACAUGAAAUUUGCGAUGAAUGGCUGCCUUCUUAUCGGAACAUUAGACGGAGCCAAUGUCGAAAUCAGACAAGAGGUUGGAGAAGACAACUUUUUCCUCUUUGGCGCUCGCGCCGAUGAAAUCGCUGCUCUUCGCGAAGAACGAGCUAAAGGAAAGUUUGUUCCCGAUCCAAGAUUCGAAGAAGUGAAAGCAUAUGUAAGAAGCGGCGUAUUCGGUCCAUACAACUACAACGACCUGAUGGGAUCCUUGGAAGGGAACGAAGGCUAUGGCCGAGCGGACUACUUCCUCGUGGGCAAGGAUUUCCCCGAUUACAUCGAGUGCCAAGACAAAGUCGACGAGGCUUACAGGAAUCAGAAGACAUGGACGAGGAUGUCGAUUUUGAACACGGCCGGUUCGUACAAGUUCAGCAGCGACAGGACGAUCCAUCAAUACGCGAGAGACAUAUGGGGGAUUGAAGCUGUGACAUUGCCAUGAAAACCAGCUUGAAGAUAAUGUAUGGAGACUGCAUUGCAUUAAAAGGUAUUCCUGUUCUUCCUUACAUUAUAUAUUAUUACUUUUGCUGAUCAUUUUCUCGUAUCGUAUUAAUUCAUUAGAGUCAUAUAUAUAUGAUAAUAUAUCGUCAGUUUGGUAUAGAAUUUUUCUGUGGGGUUGAAUGAAUAAAAUGCUUCUCAUGCAACUCUGUAUUUAACCUAAAUUAGUGUACUAUUGUAUUAAGCAAUUUUCAGGCCCAUAUUAUUAUUUUUUUUAUUAGAAAGUUUGCUUGUUUGGUUUGAGUA